AUGUUGUGGGAUCCACGGACGGAUGAACUAUCGUUCAGCACUCGAAUGAGCGAUGAAGUUCAAUCUCUUCUGGAAAGCGGAAGAAUACCAACGAAGAGACAAGUGUUACGCUGUGUAAUGACACUGUUCGACCCUUUCGGGCUAUUGGCUACGUUUUUGAUCCAUGGCAAGAUUCUUGUACAAGAUUUGUGGCGAGUGGGAACAGGAUGGGACGACGAAGUUGGCGACGAUCAGUUUUCAGACUGGCGUAGGUGGGUCAAGAUGAUAUCGUACAUCGAAAACGUUCGAAUUCCUCGGUGUUAUUUUCCGGAAGCAUCAGUACGUACAUACGAGGAUGCCGAACUCCACGUAUUCGUAGAUGCCAGUUCGCUAGCCUACUCUUGUGCAUUAUAUUUUCGGACCUUCAACAUCCAUGGCAUUCCUCAAUGUAGCCUGAUCGCUGCGAAAGCGAAGGUCGCGCCGCUAAAACCGAUGACUAUACCGAAGCUGGAACUACAAGGAUGUCUCCUUGGAACAAGGAUGCUGAAGUUAGUGCAAGCCAACCAUUCAAUUUCCAUCACAAAACGAAUUCUAUGGACGGACAGUUCAAUCGCGCUUUCGUGGAUUCGUGCAGAACCGAGAAAUUACCGGCCAUUCGUGGUCAACCGAGUUGGAGAAAUCCUGGAGACGACGACAGCCGACGAAUGGAGAUGGGUGCCAUCGGAAUCCAACGCGGCAGAUGAAGCAACAAAGUGGGGAAGUGGACCCUACUUCAGUCGAGACAGCAAAUGGUUCAACGGGCCAGACUUCUUAGUCCUGCCGGAAGCCGAUUGGCCGAGACCUACCAAUCCAGUGGUGGACACGUCUGAGGAGGCCCGGUCGUCAGUUUUCCCUCAUGCUAUAUGGGAGUCGGUGAUUGCUUAUGAGCGAUUCUCAAAAUGGGAAAGGUUGCAGCGUAGUGUGGCUUACGUGCUACGUUUUAUAAACAACGCCAGGAAGAAAGGAGAGAAAAACAGCAGUCGGCUAACCCAGCCGGAACUAAGUGCAGCAGAAGUUCACAUCCUAAGACAUGUCCAAAUGGAAGCCUUUCCGGAUGAAGUUGCGACGUUGCAGAACAAUCAAAUCUUGACGGAAGAUAAGCGGGAAACGAUCGACAGAUCGAGCAUUAUAUACCACCAACUAAUGCCGAUGAUGGAUAAGCAGGGGUUGAUGCGGCAGAACAGCCGAAUUGCACCAGCGAAGAAUCUCCAUUACAGCGUGCGCUUUCCAGUUAUCCUACUAAGGAAGCAUCGCUGCACAGAGCUUAUCGUCGAACAAUAUCAUCGCCUCUAUCGCCAUGCAAACUCCGAGACAGUGGUGAACGAAGUUCGUCAAGUAUACGUCAUACCGAAACUUCGAUCUGUGGUGAAAGCAGUUAGCCGAAGCUGCCAAUUCUGCAAGGUUCGUAAAGCACUUCCGACUAUACCUCCGAUGGCUCCGCUGCCCCAAGAGCGAUUAGCAAUCAGUGUUCGUCCGUUUAGCUACGUCGGAGUGGACUAUUUCGGUCCACUGCUAGUUAAACAGGGUCGCACGAACGUAAAAAGGUGGAUUGCGCUCUUCACCUGCCUGAACGUCCGCGCUGUCCACCUCGAGGUGGCCUACAAUCUAUCAGCAGCAUCGUUCGUUUCCUGCAUCCGAAGAUUUGUCUGUCGUCGUGGAGCACCAGUGGAGUUCUUCAGCGACAAUGCUACGAAUUUCAGAGGGGUUGACCGAUCGCUGCGUGAACAGAUCAACGAAGGAGUAACGGCGACCUUCAUCAGCGCGAACACGAAAUGGACGUUCAUUCCGCCAAGCGCUCCGCACAUGGGCGGUGCGUGGGAGCGCCGCGUCCGAUCAGUGAAGGCAGCGAUUGGGGAUGCGUACACCGAAGGGAAACUCAACGAUAAAGGGCUGCAUACUGUUAUCGUGGAGGCAGAGGGAAUUAUAAAUACUAGACCACUUACAUACCUACCGCUUGAUUCCGCGGAAUCCGAGGCGCUCACCCCGAACCACUUUCUGCUGGGCAGUUCCAAUGGAAUCAAGCAGCCAAGCGUGGACAUAGAGUCUCAGCAAGGAACCUCUCGGGAUUCUUGGAACCAUAUCCAGCGGAACCUCAAUCGAUUCUGGCAACGCUGGCUGAAGGAGUAUCUUCCAGCAAUCCGCAAACAGUCGAAAUGGUUUGAGGAGUCUCGAUCAGUGAGAGCCGGGGACCUCGUACUGAUAGCGGACGAAGUAAACGGAACGGAUGGAUCCGUGAAACCGUGA